AUGAGAGUCGUCAUAGGCCUUUACAACGACGGCCUGUACGACGCAGCCGCGCUUGAUCAAACGAUUCGGACUGUUUGCGGACCAACUCGUCGAGUAUUUGACGCAGGGGCGACACCGGUCGGGGGCCGUCGUCUCGCAAUUGUCGUUAGCCGGACAUCCGACGGCAAGCCUGUGGUCUUCCCCAACUAUCAUGGUGUGGGGCGGAUGGACAACGAUUCGGGAUACCAGGCCAUGAUGCAUCAAGAUAGGACUCAGAAUCCCUUAUUGUCGGACGUUCUCGGAUGUAGCGUGGCGGCUCCUGGGUUCUUCCACUCCAAAUUUCUCCCAGGGCUCGGCCCCUUCCAGGACGGGGGAAUCCGCGCCAAUAACCCCCAUGGAAUCGCGCAGGCCGAAUGUCGCCGGGUCUGGCCGUCGGCCCGGACGCAUGAUCUACUCGUCUCCGUCGGAACAGGCUACAUCCCAUCGACGGCGGACUCGAACGCCUCCCCCAGCCACGCCGGCCGUAGCCUCCACGACACGGCCCCUCUUCGUCUGUGGCGGGCGUACUACUCGUCCCCGUGUAUGGACGGGACUGCAGCCUACAAAGAAGGCCUGAACCAUGUUCCACACGCCAUGCGGUUUCGUACGUUCCGGCUGGACCAUGCCCUGGACGGCAACUUGCCCCGGCUGGACGAUGUCGGACAACUGGCGGCGCUGACGAGCCGGUCGUACCGAGUACCAGACGAGCUGGUCCGAGCGGUGUUGGCUACGUGUUUUUUCUUUGAACUAGACGAGGCUCCUACCCUCAUCCGGGGUCAGUACUAUUGCCGGGGGUCCAUCCUGUGCGCGCGACGGCAGGCACGACGGAUCAUGGAGCGGGUGCUGGUGGAGUUCCCGGGCGCCGAGGUCUGCACUCUCCGGGGCGAUGGGUUGGGUCGAGUGGGCGAGGACGACGGAUGUACAGUCUGCGGGUACUAUCGCAAACGGGUUCGAUUCCCUGUCGGCAGUUUGGAUGAAGAAGUGACGGUCCUUUUCAGCGGCUCCUCCCACCAGCACCCGAUCGGGGGAUUUCCAGCCACCGUGCAGCAGUUCCUCCACCAGCAACAAGCCGACGCGGUCUUUGGUCGGUCCGACCACCAAACCGACCGAUGGCCACCUCGGCGAAGGUGCUAUUGCGCGAGAGGGACCAAGCGGGUUGUGCAAUUCCAGGAACCGCCUCCAGAGCGCAAGAAAUGGCGUUUAUAG